AUGGGUGCUUCUUACACUUCUGUUUGUAUAACAGGUCUAGUUCUUCUGCUGCAGGCGCAGCUAGGCUUGUCUUAUCUGUUAACAUGUUACUUCACCAACUGGGCUCAGUACAGACCCAACGCUGGAAAGUUUUUUCCAUCCAAUAUAGACCCAUGCCUGUGUGACCAUCUGAUCUAUGCCUUUGCUGGCAUGGAGAACAAUGAGAUCAAGACCACUGAGUGGGAUGACAAUGCACUGUAUGAACAGCUGCAGGCUCUGAAGAUCCAAAACAGUAAUCUGAAGACGCUCCUAUCAGUGGGUGGAUGGGAUUUUGGUACCCAGAAGUUCAGCACAAUGGUUUCUACCCCAGCUAACCGCCAGACUUUCAUCACAUCCGUGAUCAAGUUCUUGAGGUUGAAUGGGUUUGAUGGUCUGGACAUCGUCUGGCAAUACCCAGGUACCCGUGGCAGCCCUCCUCAGGACAAACAACUCUUCACUAUCCUGACACAGGAAAUUAUUGCUGCAUUUGAAGCAGAAGGCAAAGAAACCAACCGCCCUCGUCUUCUGCUGACCGCUGCUGUUGCUGCCAUCAAAUCCUUCAUUGACUCUGGAUAUCAGAUUGCUGAACUUGGCCGGACUCUUGAUUAUUUCCAUGUUAUGACUUAUGAUUACCAUGGCUCUUGGGAUCAGGUGACGGGGGAGAGCAGCCCCCUGUUCCCUGGACCAUCUGAUCAUGGUUUUCUUAACUUCAAUGUGAACUUUUCAAUGAACUACUGGAAGAGUAAUGGAGCCCCUGCUGAAAAGCUUCUCGUCGGUUUUCCCACCUAUGGACGGACCUUCAUGUUGGCCAACCCGAGCAACACCAGUGUUGGAGCUCCUGCUAGUGGACCUGGGCCUGCCGGACCUUACACAGAAGAGGCUGGAUUCCUGGCGUAUUAUGAAAUCUGUUCUUUCCUGGCAAGUGGAGGUAGUCAGGCGUGGGAUACUCCCCAGAUGGUUCCCUAUGCAUACAACAGCCAAAGUGUUUGGGUUGGUUAUGAUAACAUGAAGAGCUACCUGGCCAAGAUACAGUGGUUGACACAAAAUAACUUUGGAGGUGCCAUGGUAUGGACAAUGGACCUAGAUGAUUUUACUGGCAGCUUCUGUAAUUUUGGAAGAUAUCCCCUGAUCAACACACUGAAAAGAGGCCUGGGAACUGGGAACCCUGGUAAGAACUAUACUGUAGCAACAUGA